AAAUGAAUCAGGGAGUGAUAGCCGAGCCAGGCUCCAAAGACGACAGCGAGCCAGAACAAGAACCUGCAGAAUCCACUCCAGAAAUUCAAAUCCCCAGAGUUAACAUCAGCCAUAUUAGAAGAAUACGCCAUCCGCUCUUUUGCCAUUGCGAAAACUGUAGCAAUCGAAGAAGCAAAAGCCAGAGGGCGUUUAAGGAGGUCAGAUUGACCCCACCAUUUCUACGCGAUUUAGCAACAGAUUGGUCGGGAUUUAAUAUCUCCGUGGGGUCAAUCUACGGUGGGGAGAGGUUACCCCCUUCUCCCUCAAAAUCAAUAUUAAAAAAGAAAGAGAAUCGUGAUGCUAAUAUUGUAAAGAAUGUCAGUUUUUCGUUUAAUUUGGAGGAUACGUUCAGUAACAGAAGACGAGGAUUUGGACAAGCCUCUUUCUCUUCUUUAUUUAAUUAA